UCACUGAUAUUUUCGGCAAAGAUUGUGUAGCGCUAGCGCCGCGCUAUACAAUCUUUGCUAUAGGUGACUCAAUGUCACGGACCGUCGUGACCGUUGCGCAUCACCGUGUGUCGUAUGCGGGAUUCCCGAUGGAGUUGUGAAAGAUCAACCUUUAUUGCCACACAUUCAGAAAUAGUACAGUUUAGUGUUUGUAGAUUUCAAGACGAAUAAUUUGAUUCCGUGAAUAUUCUGGGAGAGCGAGUAGGAAUUUGCAUAAAUUUUCAAGUCGUCAGAUUAUCCUGAAGAACCAUGGCCACUCCGGCAGCAGCGCAUGUAUCAUACAUCAAGCAGUAUCUACCCACGGCAAGUCCAGCUUACCAGAGGCCGGCGGAAACAGAACGAGAUGUCUUACAAGUCUUCUCAACAUUCAAGGAUGUCCGACCGAAAAUGGAUACAUAUGUCUUCAACGAUGGAUCAAAGAAAACACUGCUGUGUAUUGAUGGCACCGUCCCCGUCUACUACAAAGGCACAAGCUACAACAUUCCCAUCUGUAUCUGGGUGAUGGAGACGCAUCCCUACAAUCCACCCCUCUGCUUCGUCAAGCCCACCAAGGACAUGCUCAUCAAGCCGUCCAAGUAUGUGGAUGCCAACGGCAAGGUUUACUUGCCUUACCUCCACGACUGGAAAUAUCCUUCGUCGGACCUGCAUGAGCUGAUUCAAGUCAUGUCGGCCGUGUUUGGAGAGAGUCCCCCUGUGUUUAGCCGGCCCUCCCAACCUAACCCUCCACCCAGACCCAGCUAUCUGCCCGGAGGGCAGCCGGCUGGCCAAACGCCGUACCCCUCAGGCGGAUACAACAUGCCCAUGCCUAUGCCUCCUAGCACCCAGCCGAGUUACAACCCAGGCUACCCCUCCUCCACUUCCUUCCCAACCCCUAGCCAGUAUCCCAACAGCUAUCCCAAUACCAACUACCCGAGCUCACAGCCCCCAUCGUACCUCUACCCACCAAGCCAACCUCCAGCUGGGCCAGCAUCAAGCCAGCCUCACCCUACUGCCUCCGACUUACCGGUUGGAUCAGGUGCAAAAAGUGCCGAGCUGUCUGACGAUGAGAUAAAAGCAUCAAUCAGAUCUGCAGUGGAAGACAAAAUGAAACGUAGACUGAAGGACAUAUAUGAAGGACUUCAGGCUGAAAUGGACUCACUGACAAUCACAAAGGACAAGCUGAAGUCAGGACAUCAGCAGCUGGAAGACAUGAUCAACAAACUUGAAAAAGAGCAGGUUGAUCUCGAGAAGAACAUACAACUUUUACAACAAAAGGACGAGGAGAUCCAAGCAGCUCUGAGUAAGAUCGAGGGACAGGAGGAGAUGAACAUAGACGAGGCGAUAGUACCCACUACUCCACUCUACAAGCAGUUGCUCAACCUCUUUGCUGAGGAGAUGACCAUUGAAGACACCUAUUAUUACCUCAUGGAGGCCCUAAGAAAGAACACAAUAGAGUUGGAAGCUUUCUUGAAGCAUGUUCGAGAGCUGUCCCGUAAGCAGUUUCUCCUACGAGCACACAUCCAGAAGGUGCGACAGACAGCCGGACUAAGGGACUUAGUCAUGUGAGAUGGCAGAAAGACUUACCACAGCAUUGUUAAUGGGUGACUGUGGAAGACUUAUCCAAAUGAGACAUUUGUGGCUAAGGCUCCGGCUAGUUGUUGUGAUGUGGCAAUGGCGGUAGUCAAUGCCACAGAGAAAUGCUGAAGUCAAUACCGUCUGUCCAAUUUGUAGAUUCUCAUGUGUACAUCCUUAAUGUAGAACCCUUGCCUGUACAAGUCACUUCAUUCCUGAGUCAUCCAUCUUGGAAUUGAAAGUGAGGUUAACCUUGCAGAUAUGUUGAAAACACCGAAUACAUAAAUGUUAAUACGAAUGGAUCUGAUGCUUUUAAAGACAAAUGUAACACAACCUAAGAAAGUGAAUUAAAGUCAGCACAGCCACUUUUGAGUUUAAAGCCUGGAAAACAAGAUUGCCUAAAGAGGAACCCUGAACAUUUUUCACCUGCAUUAUGUCCAUAUUCAUCAGAUUGCCAAACUGAGUGAUAAAGCUUUUAAGAGCUCAAAAGGCAAACUUAGACAGACUAAU